CACGCGCGCGCGCCCAACGUCCCGGCGGUUGCAACCGCCAUGCCUGCCCGUCCACCUCCGCUCUCCCGUCUCCCGUCGUCGGCCCCGCCGCCUGCGUCAUCCUAGCUGGCCUUCUUCGUCCUCUCCUCCCGCCGCGCCGGCUCUCGCUCGUUUCCUCGACGUUUGAUUCGCCCGGCGCCGUCGGCGAUGGGCGGCCUGUGCUCCAAGGAGGGCGUCGCCGAGGCGCCGCCCGGCGCCCCCGCCCCGGCGCCGCUGCAGAAGGCGCCGAGCCAGUCGCUGAAGCAGCUCAUCACGCUCGCCGCCAAGGACGAGGACGCCGCCCCCGCCGUCAUGUCCCGGACGGCGUCCAACGCCAAGGCCACCGCGAUCGCGCCCGCGCCCGCGGAGAAGACCGCGCCCGCCGUCGUGGUCAUCACGUCCCUCAGCAAGUCGUACAGCACCGCGGGGGCGCCCACGCACCACCGCCGCGCCACGGCGGACUACGCCGACGGCGGCGCGCCCCAGGUGAUCUCCAGCGUCCCGCAGGGGUUCUCCGGCGAGCACGUCAUCGCCGGGUGGCCCUCCUGGCUCACCUCCGUCGCCGGCGAGGUCGUCCACGGCUGGCUGCCCCGCCGCGCCGACACGUUCGAGCGACUGGACAAGAUCGGGCAGGGCACUUACAGCAACGUGUACAAGGCGCGGGACCUGCAGAGCGGCAAGAUCGUGGCGCUGAAGCGGGUGCGCUUCGUCAACAUGGACCCGGAGAGCGUGCGGUUCAUGGCGCGGGAGAUCCACAUCCUCCGGCGGCUGGACCACCCCAACGUGAUCAGGCUGGAGGGCAUCGUCACCUCCCGCCUCUCCCACAGCCUCUACCUCGUCUUCGAGUACAUGGAGCACGACCUCGCCGGCCUCGCCGCGCUCUCCGGGCAGCGCUUCACGGAGCCGCAGGUCAAGUGCUUCAUGGCCCAGCUCCUCGAGGGCCUGCGCCACUGCCACGCCCGCGGCGUCCUCCACCGGGACAUCAAGGGCUCCAACCUGCUCAUCGACGCCGGCGGCGUGCUCCGGAUCGCCGACUUCGGGCUCGCCACCACCUUCGACCCCGCCAGGACGCAGCCCAUGACCAGCCGCGUCGUCACGCUCUGGUACCGCCCGCCGGAGCUCCUGCUCGGCGCCACCGAGUACGGCGUCGCCGUCGACCUCUGGAGCGCCGGCUGCAUCCUCGCCGAGCUGCUCGCCGGCAAGCCCAUCAUGCCCGGCCAGACGGAGAUCGAGCAGCUGCACAAGAUCUUCAAGCUCUGCGGCUCGCCGUCCGAGGAUUACUGGGCCAAGGCCAAGCUGCCCGACGUGACGCUCUUCAAGCCGCAGCGCCCGUACCGGCGCAAGAUCGCCGAGACGUUCAGAGACUUUCCCCCCACGGCGCUGGACCUCCUCGACACGCUGCUCGCCAUCGAGCCGUCGGCCCGGGGCACGGCGGCCUCGGCUCUCGACAGCGACUUCUUCCGGACCAAGCCGCUGGCGUGUGACCCGGCGAGCCUGCCCAAGUUCCCGCCCUGCAAGGAGUACGACGCCAAGCUCCGGGGCCAGGAGGCCAGCAGGCAAAACGCCGCGGCGGCCAUCGGAGGCAAGGGCUCCGUCUCCGUCAAGCCCGGGAGAGACGACGCCAAGGCCGCGCCAGCCCAGGACGCCAUUGCAGACUACCAGAGGCGGCAUGCGCGCGCCAACCAGAAGAGCAUGAGCCACCACUACAGCUCGCAGGAGGACAGCGUACCGGGCUUCCGGAUCGAGCCGCCGCCGGCGGUGGCCUCCGGGCGCGGGCAGCCGGCAGCGAUGCAGACCGCCGGGUUCGGGUCGACGUGGUACAGGAACGACCAGCGCGGGGUCCCGCGGACGUCCAGCUCCGUCGUCAGGGCGUCGACGCUCACCUCGCAGUCGCAGCGCUCCUACGCGCCGUCCCGGGGCACGGACCUGCACCCGAGCUCGUCGGCCUCCAGGAACGCCAACCCCAGGUACAACCGGCUGGACGUUGCCGAGCCGGCCAGCGCCGUCGGCCGGCCGGGCUCCUCCCACCACAAGGACCUCGGCGUGAGGGACACAUCGGCCGGAUUCGGAGGGAAGAACAGGAGGAUCCACUACUCGGGCCCCCUGGUGCCGCCCGGCGGGAACAUGGAGGACAUGCUCAAGGAGCACGAGAGGCAGAUCCAGCAGGCGGUCCGCAAGGCGCGGGUCGAGAAGGAGAAGACCAACUGGCACCAUUACUGAGGGGGAAACAAACAUGCAUCAAGUUGGUAGCCAUACACGGCGAAUCCCAUGGUCUCAGACCAGAGCAUUCGUGUGCGUCUCUCCACGGAGCAGAUGGAGGUGAGAUCAUUGAUGGAUGGAGGGUAGAUCAACACACGAAUGAGCCGCCUCGCAGCGCUCGGGGCGGCUAGGAGUCGGGGCUUUUCUUGAUCCAUGUGUAUAAUAGGAGUGGUUGAGAGGCAUGGAGAGCCUGACAGGGAGAAGGAAGAGAGACACAUGUAUGCACGAGGCAGAUUGUGAAGACAACCAAAAGGAAAAUGUGUGUGCAUCCGAUCCACCUGUUGCAAUUAGAGACG